CACACACUUGAAUAUCUAUCGUCUUGUUUUUUUCUCUCUCCCCCAGUUCCUGUUAUAAAAACAGAACCCACCGAUGACUACGAACCUGCCUUGGUCUACGGAUCGCUUAAUCAAGGGAUGAACCCAGUGUCCCAGACUUACUACUCCCAACAGGUCAUGACACCCGAAAUGACACCAGAUCCUGGUUCUUGCCUUGUAAGUAGUUUUCCCUCUUGUCAGCAACGAAGCACUGGGUUGUCGUCUUCCCCCACUUCAGGUCACAAACAGCAUGAAAUUACACCCAUCUCUUACACCAAAUGUGUCAGCACCCCUACCAGUGCUCAGCUCAGUCACCAGCAGUCCGGAGCGACAGUGCCCACUAUCCAAGAAGUGCAUAGAUCUGUUGUUGUGCAUCCAAGUUCACCCACUCAUUCAGCACAUGUUAUGAUGCAGCCCCAGAUGAGUCAGCAUCUGAACAGCAGCUGUUCCCAUGGUUUCCAGCAAACUCUGUAUCCCAACAAUCUUUCUCCACAAGGCCCGUCCGCUUCCCCAGAGGCUGCUUAUGUGCAGCCCUUCAGCCCCACUAACUCAGCAGGCAUGGGUCAACAGCAACAAGCUCCGAAGCCUCCAAGAAAUGGAUCUCAGUCUAGUCCAUCAAUGAUGCUGCCAGUACACCAGGAGAACAGUCAGGAUUUGACGCCCUUGCAAGUUACAGUGAAGCAGGAGCCUCAAGAACUGGACCAGUUGUAUCUUGAUGAUGUAAAUGAAAUCAUACGAAAUGACCUCUCAAGUGCCUCUGUUCAUGGACAUUCAUAGUUAAAGUUAGUGUCAAGACCGUGAAAAGAUCCAUAAUGAUCCACUAUCAUUAUGAAAAUGUUGAUCGUGUGAAGAUCUCAGGCCAUGCUGCCUCGAUGGAAAAUUGUUCGAUGUAAAACAAAAAACUGUUAUUUCUCUUUCUAGAAAUAAUUCACUUCAGGUAACAGAACAAAACUGACUUGUUUCGUAAUAACUGAAUAGUAUCAGAUGGUGAUUAGGCACCACUCCCAUUGAACAGUUAUUUGGAUGAGUUCUCAGUUUCAACAAGAACUGUCUUCCCAAAUCAUUCCAAUAAAAUUCACAUGAAACAUUUAAAGAGUUCCAAAGAAUUGAUUGAUAUUAUUGUGAAAGAAUAUGUUGAGUUUAAAAAAAUUAGACUUUCUAAAGUAUGCAAAGAUAAGUGCCUUAUGUUUACUUUUUGUUACAAAAGAAGAUUCUUUGUAUUGUACUUCUAUCAAAAGAAUCACAAUUUUAGAAAUGAAUAUUAGCACAUGCUCUUUGUAGGAAUAUUUUGUUAGCAAGAAAUUUGCAAGAAAACAGGAAAUUAAUGUGAAUUAGUAGGCAUAUCACAAUACUUGUGUUCACUAAGGAGUUCAUGCUUAGCUCUUCAGUGGAAGGAGGGUAUCCAACAAUGUGUGUAACUGUACUGUACAUUGCAUUUCAGUUCAAAGCAACUCUUUAAUCCAUUCAAUGACUCCACUAAUGGCAUAGAUCUACUCAAAGAAAAUUCCUUAUCUCAGCUGCUCAAGUCAUAGCUGAGUCUAGGUUGCAUUGUCACCCCUUUAUAUUAUUUGAAUAGAAUGAAACCUCUCAAACACACAGAGAUUCCAACAGACUCUGAAGAUGGCCUUAUGGAAAUACCAUCAGCACCUCCAGAAAUAUGGGUGUGCAGAUCAUAGCCAGGUGCUGUCAUGACAUGGAUUGGAUUAAAGAUUUAAGAAAAACAUACAACAAAGUGAUUAGAUAUUUUGAUUUUUUUUGCUGAAUUGUUUGCUUGCUGCUCUCCUGUGUACAUUUUCACAAAUAUGUUGAAACCUGUCAUCUUUCACUGGUUGUAUUGUUUGUUUUAUGUACAAUAAACUCAAAAGAAUGGGUUAAUAAUUGUCACUUUUGCAAUGCAAAUUAGGAAAUAUUUCACAACAAAAGUAACUUCAGAACCUAUGCGCACAAAUGUUGAAAGGAAAUAAGUGUAAAGUUUCAGAACAAUAGUGGAGAUAGUCUUUUUUUUCCCUUGUCCAAUAAUGAACGUAACUAUUAGCAGAACACUCAAUGCAUAGUUAAGAUCUCAGUCCAUGCUACUGCAUAUUAGCUACCAGUAUUUUUACCAGCUAGAAUAGUAGAUGCUUCCUCUCUUACAAGAGUAGAAGCACAUUUCCUUACCUUUUGCAAUUGUGCCAGCACUUUAGAAAGCACAGUACAAUACAGUACGAAGAAAUCUGCCUCAGCAGUUAUUUUAAUUUUAUUUUUUCAGAAAUUUCAUGUCAGGCUUCAACUUCUUGGCUCACUAGGCUGUAAAAAGCAUUUUACAAACCUUAUCUUAAAUGCAAACAACUGCUACUGGAUUAUUGCAUUAUGGUAUGUUAAAUCUUUAAAUAUUGUGCUCUGGACAGUAGUUGACCAGAGAUUUCGUUGUUAAAAUAGAAUAUCAUAACAUAUAGCUUAACUAGCACUAAAAAUUGCUCUUUUAGGUUAUAGUUUCAUUGUAGAUUAAUCCUGAUUUCAUACAAAAACUAUGUUAGUUGUUUCCAGUUUGAGUGCCUUAACCAGUAGUGCCCUCUCUAGGUGUUGCCCAGAAAUUACAUCGUUGCAUUUCUAGAUUAGUAUAUCUAAUGGGUCAUGGUCACAGCAUCUAAUGACGAACUGAAGAAAACAAAUGUGUGGUAUACAGUCACUCACAUAAUCUAAUCAACAAAGUGAAAACAGAUUAAUUGCUGUGUUCAUGGUAUUGCCUUAUCCAUUGCCACAAAGCCACCUGAGUAGCUUAGUUGUGAAGCAUUUAUAACAUGUUGUGGCAAAGUAAACAUAUAAAUAGGGCAAACUCCAGAGGACCCCACUUUCCUGAAGAAGAUUCUGCUUCCUAGCUUUGGGGAGUUGAAAAGCAAUGCAACCACAUCUGCUUAUAGAUAAUGAGAGGCUAUACCUUCAGUUGUCAGGUCUUUUAAUGCCUCUUAUUCUUCCCUGAUACCUCUGGCUCAUUGUAACCUGUUUCCCGCUACCUAAAUUUCCUUUAGUGCCACAUAUAUUUGACUGUGUUUAGGAUCAGAUUUGUCUCUUAUUCACAUAGUGGCUUUUGGCAAAUAGAUGUCAAUAUAGGUUAGCUUUGAGAAGUGCCACUUGUAACUUAAAUGAAAAAUGGGGAAAGAAACACCAAUCAUGCUUGAGGAAAAUCUCGUGGCAUGUUCUCCAUUGUAUUUAAGCUGUUAAUGUAGGGUUACUAAUUUUGUUUUAUAAGAUUACUAUUACCCCUAAGCAUGUCAUAUAGAAUUAUAAUGAGAAAUGCUGAAAUGGUUGUUUCUAGAAUUUGUACAGCUGGUUGAUUUUAUUCUACUAUUGCUUUGAAAGCACUGCCAGCUCAUCACAACAGUGCAAAAUAAUUGCAACGUUGCUUUUGUCUGCUGGUGUAAACUUGUUAAAAAAAAGGCUUUAACAAGGCAGCUUGUUAUUGGCAAUACAACUGCAUUGCAUUAUAGGUGAAUACUUGCGGUUUUCUACACUGCACUAGCCAAACAGGCCCUUGAUGAGUUAAGCCCUUUUAUGAUCUCUCAAGAUGGUUAGCUGCCAUUUUUCUUACUUUUAUUUGUAUACUUUUCUUUUUGAAUUUGUAUUUUUGCUGCAUUUUAUAGGGAAAAGAAUGUCUCUGUUUACCAGAGCUGUGCCCAGAAAGGAACCAAAGGAGGGGCUGGAGUUCGAUUCUACUUUAGAAUGUACAAUAACAUUGUGUCACUGGUUAAAAUCUCAUGGGCAAAACACACUCCAUUUUCUCAUUUGUUCAGGAAUGGCUGUUAAGUUAAAUAGACAAAGUUCCUGUUUUGUGUGUUGUGUCUUUGAUGUUUUCCAAAGCUUGGAUUUUCCUGUAUAUUUGUAUCAGUGUUUUUUUUUUGCAUUCUUGCUGUUAGUGUAACCUGUUUCAUGGAAGUUAUGCAAAUAUUUUCUACCUGUAAUAUAAAAUAAAAGCACAGUUUGAAA